AUGUCGGAUCCAUUUUCAAUCAACGGAGGUGCAGCAGUCGCCAUGGUAGGAAAAGGAUGUAUAGCAAUAGCCAGUGAUCUCAGAUUAGGUCAACAAUCACUUGGAGUGGCCAAUAAUUUCGAAAAAGUAUUCCAAUUUGGUGAUAAAUGUUUCUUAGGUCUUACCGGUUUGGCAACUGAUGUCUUAACAUUAUCGGAAACAUUUAGAUUCAAGACCAAUUUAUAUAAAUUACGAGAAGAAAGAAAUAUCGAACCUAAGACAUUGGCAAAUUUGGUGAGUUCAACCUUAUAUGAACGUAGAUUUGGUCCAUAUUUCGUUGGACCUAUUGUUGCUGGUUUAGGAAGUAAGGAUAAUCAACCAUUUAUAUGUGGAUUUGAUUCAAUUGGAUGUAUUGAUUUCGCCAAAGAUUUUAUUGUGAGUGGUACUGCAACUGAUCAAUUGUAUGGGAUGUGUGAAUCACUUUAUGAACCGGAUUUGGAACCGGAAGAUUUAUUUGAGACUAUUAGUCAGGCAUUAUUGAAUGCGGUAGAUAGAGAUGCCUUGUCGGGUUGGGGUGCAGUGGUAUAUAUUGUGACUAAAGAUAAAGUAGUCAAGAGAGUUUUGAAAACUCGUCAAGAUUAG